AUGCAAGUUUUUUUGUUGUUGUAUAGGCACAGAUGGACGGGUAGAUUUGAAGCGAAUCUAUGGGAUCACAAUAGUAAGCUAGAGGGUCGUGUCAGGAAAGGGCGUCAAGGUGGCUAUGACAGUGAAGAAAAUGCAGCAAGGGCUUAUGAUUUGGCAGCAUUUAAGUACUGGGGACAAACAUCUACCAUAAACUUUCCUGUUUCCGAUUAUGCAAAGGAAAUAGAGGAGAUGAAACAUGAAGGAAAGCGAGAAUAUAUUACUUCUCUGAAAAAGGAUUGUAUAAGCUAA